AUGGCUACCAACUCUGGCUCGUCCAAUCCCAAAACCGGUCCUGUGUCUGGAAACCCACCUCCGAUCUCGAACGAAACAAAAGCCGCCAUCCAAGAUGCCGCAAAAGCAAGCGCUAUUGGUUCCCAUGUCCCAGGAGAAUCCGGCGGUAGCAACGUUACCGUUGCGAAUGCGAGCGAUAGCGGAAAGAAGGUAAAGAGCGAGAAAGAGUUAGAGAGAGAGCGCAAGAAGGCUGAAAAACAAGCAAAAUUCGACCAGAAGAAGGCGAAGGCCACCAGCACAGCAUCUACCACUGCCGCAAUCAGCAAGAGCAAAGAAAAGAAGGCCAAGGCUGAGAAGAAGGCCGAGGAAGAUGCCCUACCACCUUACAAGGAGGAUACACCUGUUGGCGAAAAGAAGAUAAUCAAGUCCUUCGAAGAUCCCCAAUACAAAGCCUACAAUCCAACUGCUGUUGAGUCCGCAUGGUACUCCUGGUGGGAGAAGGAGGGGUUCUUUAAGCCCGAAUUUACCGCAGAUGGAAAGGUUAAGCCCGAGGGUUCUUUCGUCAUUGUAGAGCCCCCGCCAAAUGUUACUGGAAAUCUACACAUGGGCCAUGCUUUGGGUAAUGCACUACAAGAUGUGAUGAUCCGCUGGAACCGAAUGCAAGGCAAAACUACUCUGUGGCUUCCUGGUUGCGAUCAUGCUGGCAUCUCGACACAAAGCGUUGUUGAAAACAUGCUGUGGCGCCGAGAACAGAAGACUCGCCAUGAUUUGGGGAGAACGGAAUUCGUGAAGACUGUUUGGGAUUGGAAGAAUGAAUACCAUACAAACAUCAAUGCUGUACUGCGGAGAAUGGGCGGUUCCUUUGAUUGGACUCGCGAGGCGUUCACAAUGGACGAUAAUUUUGCUGCCGCUGUUACAGAAACCUUCGUUACUCUGCACGACCAAGGCAUUAUCUACAGGGCGAAUCGGCUUGUCAAUUGGUGCACAAAACUCAACACCGCUCUCUCGAAUCUUGAAGUUUUUAACAAAGAAUUGACUGGUCGCACCUUGUUAGAUGUGCCUGGGUACGCGAAGAAAGUGGAAUUUGGAAUCAUUGUUCACUUCAAAUACAAACUUGAAGGGUCCGACGAGACUAUCGAAGUUGCUACUACUCGAAUAGAGACAAUGCUCGGAGAUACAGGUAUUGCCGUGCACCCGGAUGACGAGCGAUACAAGCAUUUGGUUGGAAAGAAUGCGGUACAUCCCUUUAUCGAGGGCCGCCUCAUGCCAAUUGUAGCCGACGACUAUGUUGAGAAGGACUUCGGUACAGGUGCGGUGAAGAUCACACCGGCUCAUGACCCUAACGAUUUUGCGCUUGGCCAAAGGCAUAAGCUGGAAUUUAUCAACAUCUUGACUGAUGAUGGAAACAUGAACGAAAACGCUGGCCCCUAUGUGGGACAGAAGCGAUUCGAUGUCCGCUAUACUAUCCAAGACGAUCUCAAGAAAGCAGGCUUGUAUGUUGACAAGAAAGACAACCCGAUGACUGUUCCUCUAUGCCUCAAGUCAAAUGACGUAAUUGAACCGAUCAUGAAGCCGCAAUGGUGGAUGAGCAUGAAAGACAUGGCCGCCGAUGCUCUGAAAGUUGUGACCUCCGGAGAGAUCAAAAUUCUACCAGAAUCCGCAGAGAAGAGUUAUAUUAGAUGGAUGUCCAAUGUCAAUGACUGGUGUCUUUCUAGACAGUUAUGGUGGGGUCAUCAAGCACCGAUGUACUUCGCUCAGAUCUAUGGCGAGGAGCAUGACGAGGCGGAUGGCAAGCUAUGGUUUGCAGGAAGGACACAGGAGGAAGCCGAAAUCAAGGCACGAAAGGCCCUGCCUGGAAAGAAUUUCACUCUAAAGAGAGAUGAGGAUGUGUUGGACACAUGGUUUUCAUCUGGUCUCUGGCCUUUUGCAACAAUGGGCUGGCCGAAUAAGACUCACGACCUCGAGCAUUUAUUCCCAACCUCCGUCUUAGAGACUGGCUGGGAUAUUCUGUUUUUCUGGAUCGCACGCAUGGUCAUGUUCAGUCUGAAGCUUACAGGAAAGGUGCCCUUUACCGAGGUGUACUGCCAUUCUUUGGUUCGCGAUUCGGAGGGUCGAAAGAUGUCAAAGUCUUUAGGUAACGUUAUUGACCCCCGGGAUGUUAUUGAGGGCAUCGCUUUACAGGAUCUACAUAACAAGCUCCUGCUCGGAAAUAUGAAUCCUACCGAGGUUGAGAAGGCAACGAAAUUCCAGAGAAGUUCGUUCCCCGACGGCAUCCCUCAAUGUGGUACCGACGCUUUGCGGUUUGCAUUGGUAUCCUAUACUACUGGUGGCGGCGACAUCGCUUUCGACGUCAGGGUUAUUUUCGGAUACCGUAAAUUCUGCAACAAAAUCUACCAAGCAACGAAGUACAUGCUAGGCAGGUUACCAGCAGAUUAUGUUCCACCAAAGGAGGCCAAACCUACCGGCAACGAGUCUCUCGCCGAACGAUGGAUUCUCCACAAGUUGACGAUUGCUGCACGGGAUAUCAAUCAAGCACUGGGAGACCGAGAGUUCAUGCGCUCCACCUCGAUCGUUUACCAGUAUUGGUAUAGCCACCUGUGCGAUGUCUACAUCGAAAACUCCAAGGCAAUUCUGCAAGAUGGCACUCCAGAAGAGCAAAAGUCCGCUCUCGAUACCUUGUACACGGCUAUAGAGGGCGCUCUGACAAUGAUCCACCCAUACAUGCCUUUCCUUACAGAAGAGCUCUGGCAACGACUACCUCGACGACUAGAAGACAAAACCCCCUCGAUUGUCCUUGCGAGAUACCCCACAUAUCAGACAGCGAUGGAUGAUCCUGCGUCGGAGGCAGCCUACGAGCUCGUUCUCAGCAUCUCCAAGGGCAUCCGCUCGCUGAUGGCAGAAUACUCCCUCAAAGAUGAAGGCAAAGUAUUCAUCCUACCCACCGAUGCAACCUCCCACACCACCGCAACCGCCCAAUACCAAUCCAUAAAAUCCCUCUCAGGCAAAGGCGUAUCCUCCAUCACCAUCCUCCCCACCUCCACCGAACGGCCCUCAGGCUGCGUAGUCUUCUCCGUCUCCUCAGCCGCAGCAGUCUUCCUACACGUCAAAGGCCGCGUCGACAUCGAUGCCGAGAUCUCCAAAGCCACGAAGAAACUCGAGAAGGCGAAACAGGGCAUUGAGAAGCAGAAGAAGAUAUUGGGUGACGAGGGCUAUAAGAGCAAGGUUAGCGAGGAGCUGCAGGGUGUUGAGGAGAGGAAGUUGAAGGAUUUGGAGGUUGAGGCUAAGGCGUUUGAGGAGACUAUUGGGCAGUUUGAGGGGUUGAGGCUGGAGUAG